AGUGGGGGUAAAUUUAAGGUCAGGAUAGUUUGUUGGGCGCGGUUUGUGUGUUUGUGACGCAUUUGAGACCUUAAGCUAUCAACUCGUUUCCAUUAUUAUUACCAUUUCUCUAAUACUGACUGUCGUCGAUUGUCUUGAUUACUAAACAUUUCUCCAUAAACUGCUCCUCAUACUUCUCCCAACACACAGAGUACUUUAAGUCUGGAUGCAGACCUGCGGAAAGCUGAACGUCAUGAGGAAAAAAGAGUCUCUGAAAAAACUACAGGAGGCUGACAAAGUUUUUGAUUUAGUGAAAAGGCUUUCUUCAGAAGACAGUGCAGUUGCUAGCAUAGCUUGCAAAGAAGCCGAUGAUUUUCUUAAACAGAAGUGCAGUGAUGGUUUUGACAGAUCUGUUAUUAAUAAAUUGGACCAACCUUCAAAUAACCUAGAUGAUGUAACUGGAAAAGGGGAUGAUGUGACUGCAUUUAUGACUGCGGUUGCACAGGACGCACAAGAACGUGCUGAGCAACGAGCUAAACAACGAGAACGUGCAGAUAAACUCAAGGAUCGUGCAAAUACAUUUUUUAAGGCUGGAAACUGUAAAAAAGCUGUUGAGUUGUAUUCACAGGCAAUCGAUGUGGCAAAGGAUUACGAUAUUUUAUAUACUAAUAGAGCUCAAGCAUAUCUUCGUCUUGGUCAGCCCGAUUUAUCACUAAAAGAUUGUGACACUGCUUUACUACUAUUUCCAGAAGCUCAAAAGCUCAUUUCUGAUAUGAAGUCUACAGUGGUGAAUAAUAAUAAUCGUGACGUUGUUUCUAAUCCUCGUCUAGCUAAAGUUUAUUUACAUCGUGGUAAAGCAUUAAUGUCACUUAAUCGACCAUCAGAAGCACUUUCCGCAUAUUCAUUAUCUCGUUAUUAUUCAGCAUCAAAAACUGAAAAAUUUACAUCGACAAAACUUAAUAGUGAAAAAUGGCCAAAUUAUUUAAUUGAAUAUGUUUUACAAGCUGAAGCUGCUUUAAUUGCUCAAGAAGCCGAUGCAAAAGCUGAAGAAAAUUUCGCCCAAUCAGCCAUAGGCUUUAAAUUAAAUGUGAACAGUGAAAACUCAAAUAAUAUUCCUUCUAGCCAACAACUUUUAAGUCUCCUAGCUCAAUUAGCUCGAAGAAAUCAAAAUUCCAGAUACUAUAGCGCAGGGUUACGCUAUAUGAAUCGUCUUUUUAUGAAUGCCCCGAAAACUAAGCCUACAACAGUCACAGAAUUGAACAACACGGUUUAUGACUCGAAAAUUGGACCUUCAGAAUCUCUAAACUGUAAUUCAGAAAAAAAGAAAUCUAAUAAGAAAAGUAAAGGUGCACAACAUAACUCACCAAUGUCUGAGGAUUCCAAUAGUAUCAACAGCAAUAAUCAUCUGUCCACUGAAACUUUGUCAGAGCUACAAACGAUUUUUCGCAUAAAAAGUGGAUUUAGCCUUCUGGGUAAAGAAGUUGAUGCAAUCUAUCAAAUUUUCAAUCCAGAUAAUAUUUAUGAAAAAGAGAUGUUAAUGCAACAUUCAAAUGUCAGUACAUCUAAUCAAAAUAAUUACAUAACUGAAAGUGGAAGAGAUGAAGUUAAUGGUGUAAAUGAAACCAAUUCUUAUUCAUUACUUGAUGAAUCUGAGAGAAUGCUUGCUUUACUUAAUCUAGCAGAUCAUUUAACAACAAAUUGUGCAGAAAAUCAACGAUUACUCAUUGAACAUCAACCUAAUUUAAUUAAAAUUAUACUUGCUUGUAUUCAUUUAUCACCUGAGUUUGUUCAACGAAUAACACUUCAUUCAACAAAAACACCGUCGUCAUUGUCAUCGGAAAAUAUCAACUUAACUAUAGAAAAACAACGAAGCCUACAUAUUCUCGGUGCACUUAGACUAGCUGCUUGUAAUUUGUUGGUUAAUUUAACUUCAUUACCAAGUGGUCGACAAUCUUUAUUAGAUAUAUAUGGACCUGGUCCUAUUCUGACAAGUUUAGCAAGUUGUUUAUCAACUUCAAUGUCCAAUUCCUAUCAAGUGACUUCUCCAACUUUAACAUCAACAAACACUGCGAGUUUAGCUGAUGUAGCACGUGGAUUAGUUGGCCGUUUAUCAGGAUCAUCUGGAUUAGUUAAUACAACAAACAGUAAUAAUGUAGACACGGCUAAAUCCAAUUUAAUUUCAUCGACAAUAGCUUCAGUGUGUGCUACAAAAGUUGCACAAAUAUUGGAGUAUUUAACAGAAAGUUCAAGAUUCCUUAUACUUGCUCGAUCUUCUAGUGAAGGUUUACAAGGUCUAUUAUCAGUCAUUGAGUCUGCUUUAACUUCUUCAUCUCCAACUACUAAUACCAAUCAACCGUCAUCAACAACAUGCCAGUGUCUAGCUACUUUGUUAGACAGUUUAGGCAAUGCUUGCCAAGAUCGUACUUUUCAAAAAACUAUUCUACAAAGUCGUAAAGCUUUAUUAUUCGGAUUAUCUAAUUGUCUUUCAUAUCAUGUCCCACUGCUGAGCGAUGCUAGGUUUGUUCGAUUAUUUUAACUUAUAUUAUAAUUUAUUACCAUAUUUCCAUUAAUCUCAUUUACCAAGGUGUAUUUCAUCACUUUUUUGGGAGUCAUUAGUGACUGAGCCAUAUUUGAUAAUAAAGUGAAGGGUAGUGGAGUCUCCAUUGAUGACACUGAUGAAUGAUUCAUUUUUUUGCCAUUAAUUGUUUGACAGGCUACGAAUGUCUUAUUUAUUAUCAUUUCCAAAGAUUGAUGGCUCGAUCUUGCACUAAUGAAUAUUUGUGAAUUGAAUAUAAAGUGGUUUUCAUUCGCUUUGCAAAGUUUACUCUGUUAAUGCCAUUUUGUGAUAAACCUACUUUAUUGUCACAAGUACUGUUAAAAUAUAUGACGCGGCAGUGAAAUUAUGUCAAAUAAAUGAUCCUAACUGUAUAGUUUUUCUCAACUAACUAUUGCGUUGCAUAAGUUUUAAUAGAACACAAAAGUAAUAAUUGUCGUGGAAUAGUACAAAUUCACUUGGUCCAUGAGUUGUUAUCAUCUGUGUAACACCUGAAGUAGUUCGAACUCCGAAACAACUUACCAUUGGCGAAUACCAACUCACAAUUUUGCAUAGAAGCAUAUAUUGAAGUAAAUGAAAAAUGGGUUAUUUUCAUUUCCAAACAUAAACGACAGAAAUCGUAAUCUAACAGUUAUCAUCUCUUUAACAGUCAUCUGCUUACUUAUUAGCAAGUAUUGGUAACGUAAGUUUCAAACACCUAGUUACAUAACUUUUCAUCUCAAACCCCUCAUUAAAACGCAUAUUAAAAUCCCUGUCGUUAUGUCAUCUGACAUUCGUUUACCACUCUUAAAAAAAAAAGUAAAUCUCUGUCUUCAUUUGUCUGUUAGUUUUAUUUCUUCCCUUCAACUUCCGAAGACUAUUCACUGUAUGGAUUCUACGAAAUAUAUAAUUAACUUCAUAAAAAUACAAUUCUUACUAACCUCUACUUUACAGUCUCAAUCUGAGUGUUAUCUUCAACCAUGCUAAUCAUUUUCUUGAUUCAUUAACUCAAUAUACAUUUAAUACAGCUGAUAAGAGAAUCCAUAAACAUGUGUUAAACGUGCUUCUAUUGAAAUAACAUUUUAACUAGUGGCUAUCUAGAUUCAACAGUUCAAUUAAUAAAACCAAAGACCUUUAAAGCGAAAGGUAUUGAGUUGAAGUCCUAAAUAGGAUAAUUCAUAUAUUCACUUGACUUUUCGAAAUAUAAAUAAUAAAAAUAGAAUGUCGACAAAAUUAACAUCAAUACACCACAGAUUAUGUAAUAAUAAUCAAUUGUUGCACGCAUACACACGCUUACAUACAAAAGAAAAAAUGAACAAAUAAAUGACUAAUGAAUCAAUGUAAAUAGAGUAGGUCAUUGACAAACUCGAAAUAAAUUAACCAGAAAUCAUUGACUUUAUAACUAUAUCCUAUGAAUAAAAAUAUGUUGUAUAUUAGUAAUAGUGUUUAAUUCUAGCUAACAAAUGUGAAUGAACCAAUAAAUUAAUUGAUAAUCUAUAUCUCUAAGAUCGAUAAAUAACUUCCUAGAUCAUUCAAUAUGUAUCAAAACUAUAUUGAUGAUUGAUGAGAUAGAGUGUAAGAGAAAAAAACGGAUCAGAUAAAUUGUUUUAUUCAUUUUAAUAUAAUCUAAAUCACUCAUUUUGUUCUUAUAUUGGUAUAGAUUUUCAUAUAGUUAUCCCAGUCAAAUUUAAUAUUUUCAUUAAAUUCCUGUUAAUUGUUCAAGUAAAAAUACUUAUAUCCCAUCAAGGAUUAUCCAAUUCACUUCUGUUAUCAUUUAAUCUGUGCAUUUAUAUAUUUAUCUUUUAUUUUCAAUAAAGUCAUGCUUGCCUAGUCGCUUCA